GUCCGGCCCUUCAACGGGUCUGAGGGACAGUGAACUGGCCCCCAGUUUAAAAAGUUUGAGGACCCCUGGUAGAGUGACUGGCUUAGCUUUUUGAGGACAGUGAGGCACAACACUGGGGAUUGAGCCAAUUUUCCUGUCCAGAAUGCUCUCUUUGCCAAGAUUCUUGGGAGGGGCCUUCGAAACUGUUCUCUUGCCCCUCAGGCAUUUAACCCUGGCCCAGGCUUGUUAACUGGGAUCUUGACCCCUUUGGGGUCUUUUGUGGGCCCAGGCCUGUGCUAGCCCCGAUGCUUAGAGGAGAGACACAUUGAUGCCUCACAACCACCUUGCUGGAGACGAUCAGUUCCCAGGGGAAGCUGAAGGAUUGGAGCAGCGGAGUAACCUGCCUGAGGACACACAGUUCGGGGCGGUAGGGUCAGGAUCCAACCUGACUUCUGUCCUGAGUCUGAAGCAGGGAGACAGAGGUGUUUUUUGGGUUCUGGGAGGGAGGCUGUGGCCUGGUGUGGACUUGAAUCCUCCUGUUCUGAUCCGUGCUAGGUGAGAUGGGCAGGGCCCCACUGGUCUGUGGGCGGGCCUGUUCCUGCCACUGGAGCGUCUUCCCAGUCAAUUAGAGAGAUGUGAGGUGAGCGUUCAUUCCAUAGCUCGGGCACCUGCCCUAGGGUAAUUGCAGGAAAACAGGGACGCGUUAGUCAGCUGAUCAUCAAAACAGCACAGAAAUCCAAGCUCUUAAGAAUCUGUCAGCCAUUUCACCAGGUGUUUAUCUCACAGGAAUGCCCAGAGGUGGACCCGUGCCACUUGCUGGACUGUCCAGGUGGAAAAGAGGAAACAUUUGAUUUGCUGCUGGGGCAAUGGAGGCUAGGGACUUGGUCAGGAACAUUGAGGCACUUCUAGGCAUUUGGCCAGGCCGACCUAACUGCCCCACUCACCCCCACAGGGAGCUGUGCCGUGCUGCUAUCCUUCUGGUGGACCGCCCUGUCUCCGUGGUGCGGCCUCAGUGGGUUUGUCCCAAACGUGCUUGGUCAACCGAGCCCAGGAGGCUGCUGUCGCCUAGAAAGGGUGCGAUCUGGCCCAGCCCUCCCAUGGAGGCAGUGCCGGGGCUCCGGGCUUGGGUGGAGCUGGGAGUUGGUCUCACAUAGCCACCUCUCAGUGGGUGCUGGGCCCUCUGGGGCUUUGCUGGUCUUCUAUUGGCUGCCUCCCUGUGCAGCCAGCCCGCCUCUCCGCUGCUCAGAGAUGGAAUAGGAGUGGGCAUGGAGCAGGGGGAUGAGAAGAGGGGACAGCAAAGGCUAUGCUAGAUGGACAUGAGGUGCUGUCCAGCCUGGCACCCUGGGCAGGCUGAAGGCUGCUAAAUGGGCUUUGAGCAAGAAACAUGGACACUCUAGGGACUCUGGCAUCCCAAGGGUGCUGAGACUGGGUGCCUACCAUUGAGGGAUGGCUAGACUCUGAGGUGGACUAGGUACUGUUUGCAGGACCCCAUGGCUUCUGUCUCUGAGGGCUGGGCUUCUCAUCUGUGGCUCCUCACAUUGACUUGUGGGCCAUCGUUCCUCGAGUGGGGUCCAGCUCUGGGCCAGGAGACUUUAGGCUUCUAAGUGGAAGAUGCAUCACUGUAAGCGAUACCGCUCUCCUGAGCCAGACCCGUACCUGAGCUACCGAUGGAAGCGGAGGAGGUCUUACAGCCGGGAGCAUGAAGGGAGACUGCGCUACCUGUCCCGGAGGGAGCUGCCGCCCCGCAGGUCGAGAUCCAGGAGCCAUGACCGCCUGCCCUACCAGAGGCGAUACCGUGAGCGGCGAGAGAGUGACCCGUACCGCUGUGAAGAGCGGAGCCCAUCCUUGAGUGAGGACUGCUAUGGGUCAUCGCGGGUCCACCACCGCCGGCGUUCCCGGGAGAGGGGGCCUUAUCGCGCCCGCAAGCAUGCCCACCACUGCCACAAGCGCCGGACCAGGUCUUGUAGCAGCGCCUCCUCGAGAAGCCAACAGAGCAGUAAGCGCAGCAGCCGGAGUGUGGAAGAUGACAAGGAGGGCCACCUGGUGUGCCGGAUCGGCGAUUGGCUCCAAGAGCGAUAUGAGAUUGUGGGGAACCUGGGCGAGGGCACUUUUGGCAAGGUGGUGGAGUGCUUGGACCAUGCCAGAGGGAAAUCUCAGGUUGCCCUGAAGAUCAUCCGCAACGUGGGCAAAUACCGGGAGGCCGCCCGGCUCGAGAUCAACGUCCUCAAAAAGAUCAAGGAGAAGGACAAAGAGAACAAGUUCCUGUGCGUCCUCAUGUCGGACUGGUUCAACUUCCAUGGGCACAUGUGCAUCGCCUUCGAGCUACUGGGCAAAAACACCUUCGAGUUCCUGAAGGAGAAUAACUUCCAGCCUUACCCUCUGCCCCACGUCCGGCACAUGGCUUACCAGCUCUGCCACGCCCUUCGAUUCCUACACGAGAACCAACUGACCCACACAGACUUGAAGCCAGAGAACAUCCUGUUUGUGAACUCCGAGUUUGAGACCCUCUACAAUGAGCACAAGCGCUGUGAGGAGAAGUCGGUGAAGAACACCAGCAUUCGCGUAGCCGACUUCGGCAGCGCCACCUUCGACCACGAGCACCACACCACCAUCGUGGCCACGCGGCACUAUCGGCCGCCUGAGGUGAUCCUUGAGCUGGGCUGGGCACAGCCCUGUGACGUCUGGAGCAUUGGCUGCAUCCUCUUCGAGUACUACCGGGGCUUCACGCUCUUCCAGACGCAUGAAAACCGCGAGCACCUGGUCAUGAUGGAGAAGAUCCUGGGCCCCAUCCCCGCCCACAUGGUCCACCGCACCAGGAAGCAGAAGUACUUCUACAAAGGGGGCUUGGUUUGGGACGAGAACAGCUCCGACGGCCGGUAUGUGAAGGAGAACUGCAAGCCUCUCCAGAGUUACAUGCUCCAAGACUCCCUGGAGCACGUGCAGCUGUUUGACCUGAUGCGGAGGAUGCUGGAGUUCGACCCCGCCCAGCGCAUCACACUGGCUGAGGCCCUGCUGCACCCCUUCUUUGCUGGGCUGACCCCCGAAGAGCGCUCCUUCCACAAUAGCCGCAACCCAAGCAGAUGACAGGUGCAGGCCCCUGCAUGGAGGCAGCGGCAGAGGUGUCAGCAGCCAGGACUGGGCUGCCCAGCCCCUUUCCUCCAGCCACCACCACCAGGCACCCGGCGCCGGGGUUGGGGCCGGGGCCAACCAAGGAACAGUGUCAUGUGAAGGAAGGCAGGCAGGCAGGAGGAGCCUGCAGCAGGAGACUUGGUGCCCAGCUGCCAGAAAGCACAGAUCUGACCCAAGCUAUUUAUAUGUUGUAAAGUUAUAAUAAAGUGUUUCUUACUGUUUGUAA